AUGUUCUAAUUCAUAAACUGUACAAUACAAUGCACUAAUGUCAGUCACUUCGAAAGAAUUUAUAUAUUGAUCACAAGAACCAAAAGACAAACAAAACUGGACCAUUAUCAAUGUCUUCGCAUUCCAAAUUCUUCUCGUCGUUGAAACAGGUUGAGAAAAGGAUAAAAUUAGAGAACAAAUCAACAGAAACAACAGAAUCACAAGUACAAGAAAGCAAUGUUUUAUCAACAUUGGGUUCACCUUUGUUUCUCCAACCUAGUUGGAGAGAAACAUGUCCAACCCAAGAAAGCAGUGAACCUCCUCAGGAAUUCCUCUCAGUUUCUCAAGGAUUCUCACUGACCCAUCAAAACCCUACUCAAACUACUCCUUCCGAUGACAUCACAGUUGCAAAUGAAGCUCUAGAAGAUGUUGAUGAAAUUGAAGAGUUAAUGAUGCUACUAGGAAUUUCAGAGGAACAAAGGGGUGGUUUUGAUUUUGAGGGUGAUGAUGGUGAUUGUGAUUCUUGUCAUUGUGAAGGUGGGUUUCAUUCAAAGAUUGUUGGUGUAGAAGGGCCAAAGUGUAAGAAAGAGGUGUUGAGGUUAGAUGGGUGGAUUAAGCAUUUUCUGAAUGGUGAUGAUGGGGUGGAGAAGAAAGAGCCUUUGAGAUUGGCACAUUUGCUUUUAGGAAAAGCUGCUUUUGUUUCUGAGGGUGGUUUUGGAAGUUUGGAGUUUCCUUCAACUAUUCAAGAGUUUCUUCAUACUGAUCCUCCCAGUAAUUGAAGCAUUUGCAAAUGUAAAAAAAAAAUUGUCCAUUUUAUAUGAACAGCCACAGUGACUUGUUGUAAUGCAUGUUUGGAGAUUCUCAAUUAGAAUUGAAUUUUAACUUGAACCUGUGAUUUCUAGUGUUUUCCUCUAAACACAAUUUUUACUCAAUUUUUGUUCGAUG